AACUAGAUCUCCUUUUUUCAUAAUAAAUCUCAACACUUCAGUUUCUUUAAUUGGUUUCUUGUCUGUGUGCUGGAGGAGCUGGAGCGUGGUAGAAAGAGUGCGCUCGCAACGCAGUGUUGCACAUACCAAUCUUUCAGUCAAUUCUAAACCCCGGAGCUAGAGAUAAGCUGAACCAACCCUAGGAUGGGUUUGGCAGGCUCCAAAGAGUUUCUGAGCUUAGAUAUUGUUUAGUAAUCUUGGGGUCGCGGUAGAUAAAAAUGCAAUUUAAUAAAUCAUGGUUUUUCUCCAAUAUGUUCUAAUCCUUCUCCUUGAACCCGGCUCUGGGUUUGUUAUUGCUCCACCCUGGGCAAAUCCAGUGAGAAAUCCAUGUAGUUCAUCAAGCUGGCAGCUUGUAUUCUGGCCUCCAAACCUACAGUGUUACAAGAUAUUUAGUCAGGGUCCAUGUCCUGAAACCCAGGAGCUAGGUUUCAGCUCACAGGAUAAGGUUCCGGUUUGUAGAUGUCCUCAAAACCUUCCUCUUCUUUGGGAACCAACGGGAAAAUGUUACUCCAGGUACUCUCGAGGUCCCUGUCAGGUAGAUCAGUAUGUGGACCUGAACCAGGAUACUGGCAACCCGAUUUGUCGGACCACGGAGAGAUGUGAGCCAGGACGAGUGUUCUGGCCUCCGGAGCAAAGAUGUUUUCAACUGUAUACCCAGGGUCCCUGUCAUAAAGGAGAUCUUCUCAUCAUCAACCCAUUAACUACUGAACCCUACUGUGGCUGUGAUUCGGUUCUUCUAAACCAAUAUUAUUAUUCUCCCCUGAAACUGUGCUACGAGCAGUUAAGCCGUGGGCCCUGUGAGGAAGGAUUAUUGUUCACUUACAACCACACCUCAGAUACAACACAGUGUUCUUGCUCCUCAGAUAUACCCAACUAUUCUCCAGAAUUAGGACAAUGCUAUGAGCUAGAGAGCAAAGGUCCGUGUGGGAAGGGCCAGAUAUUCGUGUACGACUCUAAACUGAAGAAACCCCGUUGUGAGUGCAAGGAUAACUAUGUUUACUGGGAGAAAAGUGACUCAUGUUUCCGUGAGUAUACUACAGGCCCCUGCAGGGGUUCACAGUUUAUAAUCAGGGACGAGGACGGGACCGGGGUUUGUUCUAAGAAUCCUUGUCCUGCUACGGACUUGUUCUUCCCUGACGAGGACAAGAACACUCAGGGAGAGUGUCAUAAGGUUGGGAACCGAGGUCCAUGUCCAAGCGGAGAACUGGUUGUGUUUGAAGAUUACUCUGGUAAGAGCUAUCGCGGAAGCUGUGGUUGCAGCUCAGGGUAUAAUCAGAACUACUGGAACCAGGACGGAAAGUGUUAUGAGUGGUACAGUCAGGGCCCAUGUCUUGAUUCAUUCUUUUUUAAAUAUAAUCGUGAGUCCCGAAGUACUGAGUGUUUCUGUGAUACUAGUUCCGGAUUCGUGUUCUGGAAUGAAACCCAAGGGUGUUACCGAACCUUCACCCAGGGUCCCUGCCCUGAUAACUCCUGGUUAGUUCCUGGAGGAGAGUCGGAGGAGGUUUACUGUGAGUGUAAGGAUGGGUUUCAAUUCUCUCCCGAGGAUUACAAGUGUAAAUCUACCCAACUCAUCCAGGUUUCAGGACACAGGUUUGAGAACCUCUGGAGUAAUGUUGCUGAGUACAUGGAGAAGAGGAAGAUGGAGAACUUGGUUCCAAGAAGACGGAGUUCAGAAACUAAAUCAAAGUUAAGAAUUAGAGAAACGCGGAGACGAGUAUCUUGAUGUUAAAAAAGAAGGAAAAAAUAAGUUUUAGGAGAAAUUAAACAGAAAUAUGCUUAUUGCUUAUAGUUAACAUUUUUCUAGUCAAUCGGGCAUUUUUUAGAUAGUUUUACUUACAUAUGUACAUAUAAAAUAAUUGAAUUAGAUAUUCUCUAUACAAUUGUAAUUAAAUAAAUUUCAUACCGUGUA